AUGUCGUCAAUUUUCAGCAUGAGAUUUACACUUGUCUUAUUCCUUUGCCUCGACACGAUUUCGGGCCUUGCGUCGCCUGCCAAUGUCAAGUUGGAGAAGAAUGACGUUACUCGUUCCGGAACUGCAACCGUUACCCUUAACUCGCCUUCCGGUACUGCUCGAUUCCUAGCUGCAGGGGUUCAUAAUGGCAUUCCCCCAAAUGACUUCUCCAGUUACGUUGCCGGAACACCUGCUGCCACUGCUGCCGUACAAACACAAAUCCCCGACCAGUAUUUCUCGGGUAUCAAGCUCCAAAAUGCCCGAGGUGGUCAAGGCAAUCUUCCUUCCCCGAGCCGCGGUUGGCAGUUUGGAGAGGAUGAGUACAACAACCGCUUCCGUGCUGUCCAUUCUAAUUAUCUCACUGUGAGAAAAUUUGGUGGUAACUACACCUUGAUGGUUAGCAACCUCUGGGGCCAGAGAAACAGCAGCUCCCCGGACCCAGGCAGUGACGGGGACUGGUCUUCUUGGGAUACCUUCCUAGCCACUCUCUGCGCCGACAUUAAAGCGGCCGGUAUGACGUCGGGUCUCGAUAUCGAGGUCUGGAAUGAACCAGAUGGACAGUUCAGUUCCAGUGCCACAUGGCUCAAUAUCUGGGGCCGAUCGUACCCUAAACUCAAGUCCCUAUGUCCUGCCACUACCCGUAUCGUUGGCCCUGGCUACGCCGGCCCUCCAUCAACAUCUGACGUGUGGUGGGUACGCUUCCUGGAUUUCAUUCAAUCAAAUGGAACUGUACCAGAUACAUAUAACUAUCACCACCUUACACACGAUACUGAUCCAGCGGUCAAUUACGCAACAUUUCAAACUAUGCUCAAUGAUCGCGAUCUCCCCUCGCGCACAAUAUAUGUCAACGAAUAUGGCUCGACGGGCGAGCAGCGCCCCUCGUAUGAUGCAUGGUUCAUCUCCCGGUUUGAGCGUCUAAAUCUUCAUGCUAUCCGCGCGAAUUGGGAGAGUACCGCAGAGACCACCGCGGAUUACCUGGCCAACACUCUGGCAAAGGACGGCACAGCGUAUAGUCCAGCUGGGUCAUGGCACGUAUUAUCAUAUUACGCAAAUAUGACUGGUAAUCGCCUGGCCACAACUGCCUCCGCUGAUGGCGGAUUCGAUGUGUACGCUGUUAGCUCAGGCAGCGGAAUUGGUUCUACAAAGAUCAUCACGGGCUCCCACGGCACCACAAACCCUUACCUGAUUCAAAUUUCGGGUUUGGCAGCGAUGGGCUAUCCCACCUCGGGCCAGAUCCGAGUUACGGUUCGUGAAUUUGCGUGGAACGGUAAAUACGGCGCCGUCGCUUCACCGGGUAUAUACGGCUACGUCAAUCGUGACAUUGAGAAUGAUUCAUUUACUAUUGGCACAACCGCUUCCUCUGGAGAUGUGGCUUAUGCCUUUGAAUUUUGA